AGUUCCGAAACGGACGAGGAGAUGAGUGUAUCGGAGAGACGACGAUACAAAGCCUACACGGUCAUGCAGCGAUCCGGAUUUCAGCACACUGAAUAUGUGAAGAUUAUGGUCCACUUAUGCCGGGCAGAAUUGGCCAUAUCUUUCGCGUUUCUCGUCCACGGACUCGGUUGUCCUGGCUACCCCGACGAAGCGGAGUACCAGAGCACCUGUCACAUGAACACCGUAGCAGCACUGGUAGGCCUACUCACUGGAGCUCUUGGUCUCGGCGCUGUUCAUAAAUAUCGCUGGCGGACAAUGUUGAUGAUGUGGUUGGUGUGCUGUAUUAUCUCGGCUGUCGGCAAUCUGCUCGCCGUGAUAACCACAGGUAUCUGGCUCGACCACCUAUCCAAGAUGAAGGACCGCACUGGCCUCGUCAAUGGUCUAAGCGGAUUUAUGCUGCUGUCUUCAGUAGCCGUCGGAGUGUGCUUCAUUCUUACCGCAGUGAUGAUUUGUCACUAUUGGAAUUCAAAUUCGCCUAAAUAUCAACCCGUUGGGAAAGUAGCGGUGAGUAACGAGGCUGGUUUUGUGGUAAGAUUUGAUCCUCGAAUGUCGUCCAACUCCAUACUGUUUCUUUAUGAGUACCUUUACCGUUCUCCACUUAAAACCUUUUAA